AGGCAAAGUGGUUUUAAUCAUCUUUGCGCUUGGGGCAAUGACGCAGCUCAUGAGGUUCUAACCGAGGCGCGUCUAUUGCUGGUUGAAAACUAUUUCCAAACCCCCUCUUAGGCCUGGGCUUGACCCUGGCCUUCGAGAAUUUCUGGAAGGGCUCCCUUAGGGGUAAAGCCCUGCAAUUAUAAGUCUUUUAAAGCAUUUUUCUAGUCUGAUAAUAACGGACUAGAUAGUUAAAGUGGUCAAGAGGAAAUGGGUCUAAUCUCUAGGCCUUUAUAAUGAGCGUACCAUUCAAUUGUAAAUGUGGGCUUCGAGGGCUUUGAGCUACUCUUAUUGGAUUUUGCUUAGGCUAGAUUCAACGUUGGGUGGUUUGAAAAUUGAAAAAGGCCAUGUUGGUUGGAAGCCUUCACUUAAUGGUUUAACUUGUCCAAUAGAAACGGGCUCUAAAUUUUAAACCUGUAUAACGCACGGGCCAUUCCUUUGUCCAUGUGGACUCCUAAGGCUCCGAGCUACUCUUAAUGGGCCUUGCUUAGGCUUGAAUCAAUGUUGGAUGGUUUGAAAUUUGAAACAGUCCAUGUUGGUUGGAUUCCAAUGGUGCAUUGAAAUAGUACACAGGAUCUUCAGAUGCUCUGUUCCCCGUGCAAGUGCAAGGCUUCCAAGUCUUGUCUCUUGAUACAUAUUUAUGAUUAUGACUACGAUAUCUAUGAAAAUUGCUUCACUUUUGAUUUUCUGGUCUGCUAUUCUAACCACGCACCCAAGCUUCUACAUGGUAGGCUGAGACAUGUUUCAACAUUCAAUAGAUAAAAAGAUGAUCCGCUACUACUAUCUGGCAACAAUAAAGCAAUUUGACCAAAUAUCAAGAAACAACGGAGCCUUGAGAUUGGGAUUUCUCAUAAAUCUACGAUUGAGAUACCUUUUGAACCUAUCUAUAGCUGAGUUGUGCCUCACUACAGAACUGUAACCCGAAAAAGGGCCAUUCUGUGGAUAUCUUCAGACAUACGUACGCUAAGAUAUGUUCAGAAAAUCAUCAGAACACGAAGCGCUGGUGCAUGUCAACGUUUGGAGAAAGCAAAGGAGAAUAGCAAAUCAAAGCCUUUAAGCUGCAGACAUGUCAGGUUUUGAAUGACAGGAGAGAGAGAGAGAGAAAGAGAGAUAGAGAGAGGGAAGGUAGUGUAUAACAAUGAACAUAGCCAGUGUAAAUAAAUAAGCUUUAGGACUUAGCUCAGUGGUUGGCCAUUCAAAAUGCCAGAAAAAGCCAAUUUUGUGUAACCGUUACUUGCUCACGCGUCCAACCCUGUUUACUUUAAUUUCUGCUUUCCUGUCUCUUAAUUACAAUCUUAUCUUCCAAAUCAUCUUUUCUUUUCUCCUCGUCAUUAUUUUCCCUCUCCAGUGCUGCUGAUAUUACUUGUCGGACUUUUUUCUGUUAGUGUCUCCGGCGACUACCCUCAAUGGAAGGGGCCACCAAAGCAACGUCGUCCUCCGGGAAAACUAAGGGCCGGAAUGGAGUUGUUGAGGAGAAAGAAUACCCGGACCCCCUUGCCUCUCAUGAUGAAGUUGUUAAGGACCCCAUUGUUUUCUGGGAUACCCUGAGGCGCUUUCAUUUUAUAAUGGGCACCAAGUUUAUGAUUCCUGUGAUUGGAGGAAAGGAGUUAGAUUUGUAUGUUCUGUAUGUAGAAGCUACCAAAAGGGGAGGUUAUGAAAAGGUAGUUGCAGAGAAGAAAUGGAGGGAAGUGGGUACUGUUUUCAGGUUCUCUCCAACGACAACAAGUGCAUCUUUCGUGCUUAGGAAACACUACUUCAGUCUUCUUUACCAUUACGAGCAGGUUCAUUUCUUUAAGAUGAAGGGUCAUUUACAUACUCCAACAGUUGCAUUUCCUAUUAACGACCCCUCCUGCGGACCUGAACUGGCUCUCGUGAAAUAUUCCCCUAAACCGAUAGGAGAAUUCCCAGAUCAACUUGUUUCAGGAACUUCGUGUUGUUCAGUUAUGGGAAUGAUUGAUGGGAAGUUCGACUGUGGUUAUUUGAUAUCUGUAAGGUUGGGUUCAAAGGUUCUUAGGGGAGUACUUUACCAUCCAGAGCAAACAGGAUCUUCCGCUCCCACUCCUGAUUAUGCUGGUGCCCUUGUUCCAUACAAACGUAUCGGUAACUCCCGCCAUUCUGGGAAGAGGAGGAGAAGUAGAAGGGCAGGAGACCCCAGCUAUCCAAAACCCAACAGGAGUGGUUACAACUUUUUCUUUGCUGAAAAGCAUUAUAAACUCAAAUCCCUCUAUCCAAACAGAGAGAGGGAGUUCACAAAAAUGAUUGGAGAGUCUUGGAACAGUCUCAGCCCAGAGGAGAGGAUGGUAAUUGCAAAAAGAUCAAGAAAACGUAUAUGGUUUCUUGCAUUCUGUUUCUGGCAUAAUUCGCAUUUUCCCAGAACAAACAAGAGAAUGUCUUGCAAUGAACAUUCUAUAAUUUUGAGCGUUCUUUAUAGCACUGUUUUCAUGUUUUCACUUGUACCUUGCAAAUCUUUUUAUCCUGUCUUUCAUCACAAGUCAUAAAUUGCCAAUUUGCUAAUUAGGAGUAUGAACUCUUAUCUAUCUGAUAUGAUUAAUCAAUUUCUCUGUAGGUGUACCAGAACAUUGGAUUGAAAGACAAGGAAAGAUACAAGAGAGAAUUGAAAGAGUAUAAAGAGCGACUUAAAGAUC